GUGGCCGCUCUCCUGGACAAACAUCUGGUCGUUCGCUUGCUUUCCCUGGUCAGGAUGUGUGGCCCCUUCAACUGUGGUGCCGGCAUCAAGUUCCUCCAGUUGAUGGGUACGGUGCUUCAAUCGCGCAGUAGCAAUCCGGAUGUCGACAUGCUGGUCACUUGCCACAUCUUGCUCUCCUAUGCCUCCAGCAUCGUGGAUGAUGCAGUCAGCGCCUUGCAGGGCGACCAAGAGCAACAGCGCCUCGGGUGCGGGUUUCGUGCCGACCGCGAGACGGGGAAGAAAGAGGCAGACAUGGGAACACAUGCGCAGACCUUUGGGACCCUUUGGGGAUAG